UGGUGAAGCGCCUAUGGUACACUUAAGCGGACAUAACAGGAACAUGGGCCUGAUGGGAUAUGGCAACUCCUGGAGGGCGCACCGCAGACUUUUUCACCAAUAUUUCCGGUCAACCAUCGUGUUCACGUACCAUCCUUCGUCAACAAAGGCGGUGCGUGAGAUGAUACGUAGGCUACGCGAUACGCCAGAUCACUUCAUGCGACAUAUCCGGUUCAUGGCAGGAAGCAACAUUCUCAGGAUCGUGUAUGGCAUGGAAGUCGAGUCUGAAGACGACCCCAAUCUCGCCCUUGUAGAAGAGGGCAUCAAGAUUGUAUCCAGAAUUGCUAAUGCAGGAGCAUAUCUCGUCGACUCCUUUCCGAUCAUGCAGCAUAUUCCUGCAUGGUUUCCAGGUGCCCAGUUCAAACGUGACGGUGCACGGUGGAAACCAAUUGUCGAGGAAAUGUUCACGCGACCCUAUAAGGAGCUGAAAGCUUCUUUCGACAAUGGUGACCCCAAGCCAUGUGUGUUGACCAGUAUGUUAUACAAUAUCUCUCAAGACGAAGAGGACCCCAACCGCUCGAUGCUCGAAGAUGUCGUUAUAAACACGAGCGGAACUACAUAUAUUGCGGCCUCCGACACCACGACUUCGACUUUACACACAUUCGUCCUGGCCAUGUCGAUGCAUCCUGAAUUACAGAAAAGGGCUCAGGAAGAACUGGGUGACAUUGUAGGUCAAGAUCGACUGCCGGAGAUGGGGGAUCGAGACGCUCUCCCGUUCAUCACUGCAAUCGUGAAAGAAUGUUUGCGCUGGAGACCGGCGCUCCCAUUGGCGUCUCCCCAUAGAUCUGUAACAGACGACGAGUAUGAAGGGUUUUAUAUUCCCGCUGGGUCACUCGUCAUCGGUAAUGCAUGGGCUAUCUUGCACGAUAAGGAACGUUAUCCAGACCCAGACACUUUCAAUCCCUCCCGGUUUAUCAACCGCGAAGGUAGGUUGCGCAAAGACGUUCCCGACCCUACGGAGGCGUUCGGUUGGGGACGAAGGAUAUGCCCCGGUCGGUACUUCUUCUUGGACCUUGCAUGGUUGGCAGCAGCGAACAUUCUUGCGGUCUUCUCCAUCGAGAAACCUAUUGAUGAGCUGGGGAAUGUCGUCGAGCCUUCUGGGGAGUACACGACGGGUUUAUUCAGUUUCCCCGUUCCUUUCAAGGCUACUUUCAAAGUGCGAAGCAAUGUUGGCGUUCUCGUAUAACGCGGUACGUAAGAUUUAAAAACUAACAAUUGUGCAAUCGGCCUUCACCGCGCCACAACGUCCGAGUCCAGGCCGCCGAGGAUCUCCGAGCUCCGGGUAGCUUGAACACGACCGCCAUCUCGCGUAUACGUUCUAUUCAGUAUCGCCACGCUCCUCAUGCACGGUCUUCUGCUUGAUCGCUUCUACGCGCU